GAUGGGGAGUCCACGAUUUGUGCAGAAGGCAAGGAGUACUUCUACGUUUACUUUCAUGUUACACUGCGGGAUCCUCGGCAGCGACUGGACCAAGUGGAGCGGAGCAUGGCCAUGCUCCUGGGGAAGAGUUCGCAGCAGGUGUCCAGUCCAGAUGCCCGCUACCACCAUCGAAAUCCAGGUGCUUCCGAUCAAUAUCAGCCAGGAAGAGCAUCUCCUGCAGGCAGAGUUUCACUUGAAAGAUGUUGGGAUGUUGACAUGA